AUGAACUACAGGCCUUUCCAUGGCCAGGGCCAGGGCCAGAGCCAACAAGGCUCACAGCAACCGCUGCCAGUGCCCGGCAUGAAUCCGCCUUCAUCUUAUAUGCCUGGUGGUUACCAGCAGUAUACGAACCCUCAACAGCAGCAGUUCUAUUCGAUGCCUCAACAGCAAGGCCAGCAGCAGCAACAGCAACAACAAACGUACCUUCAGCAGCAGCAGAUGGCGCAGUUCGGGGGCAUGCAAACGACUUUCCAGGGAUACGAUACAACCGGACAAGCGUAUGGGGGACACCAGAUGCAACCAGCUGCCGCGCAAUAUACGCCUCCAGCGAAUGUUUGGCAGCAGCAGCAGCAAUCUCCGGGUGGGCAGAACAUGCUGUACCAGCAGCAAUAUCAGCAACCGCAUCAUCAUCAACAGCAACAGCAACAGCAACAGCAACAGCAACAGCAGCAUAUGUACCAGCAGCACGUCGCGUCGCCUCAACAACACGUUCAACCGAGAAGGCAGUCUAGCCACGUCCCUUCACCGCAGCAAAUACCUUCUUCGAUACCCCAAAAUCAAGGAUAUUCACUCCCCCAGACGCCGCAACAACGGUCUCAACACCAGCAGUAUUCGCAGCAGCAUACGCCACAGCAACAAUACCAGCAGCAACAGCAGCACGCGCACUAUCAGCAGCAACCUCAGGUGACGGCUCCUCAGCCAUCACCGCAACCUGCACCAAAGCAGGUAGCCUCGCCGGCUCAGCCACAGGCUCGACAAGUAAAACAGAACCAGCAGCCACGCCAGGACCCGUCCAAACACCAGCAACAGACAAAUCGACAACCUGCGCAGGAAGCUAUAAUAAUAGAUGUAGAUGAGCCCGCAUCGGAGAUAGUUGCACAGCCUGUCCCGGAACCAACUCAGCAACAGCCAGUUGCGCAGCAAGAACCGGAGCAGAUGGUCUAUGUGAAUCUGCAAGACAUCCAAAAAAUGCCAUCGCUUCCAUCAGUAACCAUGGAUCAGACACAAGGCGUUCCUACAUCUCACACGGGGAAGACAGCGAACUGGGACGCGCAGUACGAAUCAGGCACUGUCAAGCCUAUGGACAUUAUGCUGAGCAGCCCACAAACUCAGCCUCUUCCGCCUCCUCAGCCAAAAGUGCAGGCAUCUCAUCACCAACACGCGCAGACACAACCUCAAAUCGCCACUCCCCGGGCAAAACCGAGCCCUCUCUCAUCCGUGGUCAACUCACCAGCGAUCAAUGCUCGCUCUCCGAGUAUUACCAAGAAAUCACCCGCAAGCACGCCAAAAAGUAGGCCCCUUGACACUGUUCAUCUCAUGGUGGCAGUGGCCGAAGAGUGCUUCGAUAAGGCCCGUGGUUCUGUACAUGAUGUUGCGAUGUCACUGAAUGCCACGCGGAUAGACGAGUAUCAGAAAUUGAUCUCGACAGGCCUGGCGUGUCUAGAGGCGUGUUUGCAAAGUAAUAGACUGUCUCCGCGCCAAGAAGCAAAGAUGCGGUUGAGAUACGCCACAGUAGUAUUAGAAGAGACAGAGAACCCUAUGGAAGCUGAGACGGCCGUCACAAAAGGCAUCUCUCUUUGCGGAAAGAAUGGCCUGGCCGAUCUCAAAUAUUGCAUGGAUUAUAUCAGGUUGAAGCUCCUGUUCCAGCGAAAUCACAAAGCAGCUUUGAAUGCGGCUGAUCGUCAAAUCGCUGACUGUGAAACCUACAAACACAUCCAAUGGGUUUAUGCUUUCAGACUAUUGAAGGCUUCAUUUUACAUGGAGCUUGGUCAAACAGCUGACGCCAGUGCACUGGAGAACAUUCGCUCUAUUCAAGUUACAGCUAGUUCUCGCGGCGACGAUGCCCUGAGUGUGUUUGCCUUCAUUCUUGAAGGUCUGGCACUUCUCAAGGCUUCCAAAGAUGGCAACUUUGAAAAAGUCCAGGCUUGUAUUGCUCAAGUAGCGAAGUAUCAGUGUGAACCAUCUAUUCAUAUCAUGCAACUCGAUAUCCUGACGCUACUUCUGGAUCUUGUCUGCACUAUCAAUCACUCUGGCAUGGAAUUGAUGCAUGAUAAGCUGAAAAUGCUUCAAGAUCGCAUGGAUGCCUGCACCGACUGGCAUAACACCAAGUCCGACUUUCUCAUUCCGGUCAAGAAGCAACCUUCUACUGGUCAUACUAUUAGUAGUGACACAGCGGGCAUCAUUCGAAGCGGUGAGGGUGUUCAACAAGAUUUUCUAGUCAUGUCAUUCAUGACCAAAGUCGAGUUGAAUUCCCUUGUGCUCACUUUGACAGGCCUCGUGAAUAUGCACAAGCCCAGCACAAAUGGUCCCCAAGGUCGACAAAGUCGACAGACAGUCGAUUUCUUAAAAGAAGGCGCGCACGUCCUGGAUACUUGGGACAAAGUGACAGCCGGGUAUAGAUAUGGGCCGUCCAUCUCGUUACAAGAUGCCAUUGCGCAGCGUGAGUGGCGGCUGGAAGCUCACUGCUACCUUACUAUCUUACUUGGCCUAUACGCAGCUAGUCAAUGUCGAUGGGACCUGGUAAAGCAGUACAUCGUGAAGCUUCAGGAUAUUAUGACUCCGUCUACACAGGGCAUCCUGCGUUUGCUGGCUAUCUACCUAUCGGGAGUGUUUGACCAAGGCACAGGAGAACUGGAUGCUGCUAUGAACACUUUCCAAAAGCCUGACUUUGACCUAAACCAGCGCGGAACUGGUGUCAAAGCCGCACAUCGCGAGUUAGCCAUGCUAGCUGGUUUGAACAGGCUUUGGAUUAUGCAGCAUCCUUCACACCGGGACGAUCGAGCUACACUUGAUCUGAUCGAAGAACUAAGGCCGUUGUGCCUGAGCCACCACAAUGUCGACCUACGGACUGCUUGGCAUAACGUUAUGGCAGCUAUCAGCACCGAACCACCUCAGCAGCUCAAUCAACAAAAGCAGCACAUACAGUCUGCGAUGGCCGGUUCCAAAUCCACUAAGAAUUUACUGGGCGCAGCCGUCACACUUGCUAUCAUGCGCAGCCGCUUAUUCGAGAACGUCGUUGGCGAUCAAGCCCUGAAAAGUGCCCUAGCGGCAGCCAAGCAGGCUCAUCGCAGUGGCAAUGUCUUGUGGCAGAGCGUCGCAGACGGUAUGCUUGCUCACUCUUAUGAAGUACAAGGCAAGGAAGAAGAAGCAGCGCAAGAAUGGACGAGGGCGACGAGGGAAGCCCAAGAUGCAUUUGCAGGAAGUUUCUGA